AUGUCUUCCAAUUCAGAUCAAAGAUCUUCCUCGAAGUCAAAGUUAAAUUCAAGAACGGCUACUACGACUUCCAUUAGCCAAUCACUAACCGGAUUGAAGAGAUUAGCAUCUGGUGCUCAGUUUUACUGGUAUCUGACACUAUUGUCUACCCUUUAUUCUUCAAUACUCUGCAUACUUAAUUCCUUCAUACGAGGUAGUAAUAAUGAAGUCACCAUUGGGUACUAUUCGAUGGCUUUAUCUUCCAUUUUGACCACAUACCUAAUUAUCAUGAGACAAACAUAUAAGUACAAGCCCCUCAGUGUGUUGAUUGGACAAAUCUGGCAUUUAUUUCAACAUUUAAGUACACCUAAUCAAUCAAACAGAGAAAAUCAACCCACUCAAGGUGAUACUUCCUCAGAUUCAGGCACAAGUGCAGGCACUGGUGUUGAAAGACACUCUCAGUUGAAUCCAAAGUAUUCCAAUAACAUUUUGCGUGAUGAGAACGCACAGUAUUUGCUAUUUGCAUUUGCUCACUGGUUAUUUGCUUCACCUUCUUUUGGUGCCAUAAAUUCAUCAGUUUUAUAUUCAUUCACAAUCUAUGCAUUUUUUCAUGCUUGCCAUUACACAUAUACCAACAUAAUCCCAUUGGUACCUAAUAUAUCAAAGGAGAGAAAGGCCCAAUGGACUCAGGUGUUACAGUAUAUUUUCCGUCUGAAUCAUGAAAGGUCCAGAAUGGUUGCUGCUAACUCGGAGAUAUUCUUGGUCACAUACUACAUAACUCCUCUGAUUAAGAUUGUUCUUAGACUUAUUUCAGGUAGAUUUUGGUCAGCAGCUCGUGGUGAAACAACCCAGUUUUGGUUUGAUUUCAAGUCUGUUAUUUUAUUUUUUGUCACAAUAAUAUUUUUGCGUGCUAGGUUCUUGAUUGACAAAUAUACACGCACACAAGUUCAAGGGUAUGAUGCCAAUUUGUUGAGAGUUGUGGCUUCCCCUAUGUUUCCUGCGCCUCUCAGAAAUACAGUGUUGAAUUUUAGACAGUUUUGGCUCAGCCUAGCAAAAAUGGUCAGCGUUAUUUAA